AUGAGCAGCAAAUGCAAAGGCAUGCAAGCUCUGAUUUUGGAGGAAAAUCCAUUAUCAGUGUUUGUACCAUGUUGUGGUCAUUCUCUUAAUUUAGUUGGAAAGGCUGCUGCUAAUGCUUGCACAUCGGCUGUUCAAUUCUUUGAUUUCGUUCAUAAUUUAUAUACAUUUUUCACGCAAAAAGAGAUCGUGAGAAUUGAAGCAACGCAUCUUUUGGAGAAGAGGAGUUGUCUCGAAACCGCUCUAUUUGCCAUCGUUUGGAACGAAAUUUUGGAGCCAUUUUACGCUACAAACAAGAUCUUGCAGGACCCGAAGAUGACUCUUGAGCCUGCAAUGCGUACAUUGAAAUCUCUGAAAUUAUUUGUUGAAUCCAAAAGAGACGAGUUUGACAGAUACGAAGAAGCUGCUAAAGGAAUAUCAAGUACUGACCAGUACGUACAAUCUCGCAGCAGAACUAGAAAUGUGAGGUUGGAUCCGGUCGAUUAUAUGAAAGCGCAAGAUGCUAACUUGUCACCAAAAGAUAAAUUUAAAGUGUCAGGCUUUAUCCCAGUUAUCGAUCAGCUAUGUGUUUCUCUUACUGAAAGAUUGCAUGCAUACGAUGAUGUACGUUUAAAAUUUGGAUUUCUUAAUCAUUUAGAGGAGAUGGAUGCUGCAAAUUUGUAUGCUGCAGCAGAUGAAUUGGUAGGUAAAAGUUUACAAAGACGAUUUGAAACGUAG